AUGUCGAGCUCAUCUAAACCCGACACCAAGUUCGACCAGCUGCCAGGAGUCGUCGACAACAAUGCCGACGAUGCCCUGGCCAACCUGGGCUACAAGCCCGAGUUGAACCGCAACCGAUCCACCCUCCAGGUCGCCUUCAUGUCCUUCGUGCUCGCCUCUGUACCCUACGGUCUGGCCACCACUCUGUACUACCCUCUGGUCGGCGGCGGGCCUGUCGCCAUCAUCUGGGGAUGGCUGGCUGUCUGUAUCUGCGUCAUCUGCGUCGCUGCGUCCCUCGGUGAAAUCACAAGUGUCUACCCUACUGCUGGAGGUGUGUACUACCAGGCGUUUAUGUUGGCUCCUAGCAAAUGGCGCCGUGUCGCUAGCUGGAUUUGCGGUUGGCUCUACGUUGUCGGCAACAUCACCAUUACCUUGUCCGUCAACUUCGGCACCACCCUCUUCCUUGUCGGGUGCAUCAAUGUCUUCGAGUCCGAGCCUGGUGUCGGUAUUCUUGCUGGCGAGCCCUACCAGGUUUACCUGAUCUUCCUUGGUAUUACCUUGCUGUGCAAUGCCAUUUCCUCUCUUGGUAACAAGUGGCUGCCUCUGCUUGACACCGCCGCCAUCUUCUGGACUCUGAUUGGUGUUGUUGCUAUGAUUGUCACCAUCCUCGUUAUGGCCAAAGGCGGCCGUCGUGAUGCUAAAUGGGUCUUCACUCACUUCGAGAACAACUCUGGUUGGCCUGAUGGAUGGUCUUUCUGCGUCGGUCUGCUCCACGCCGGCUACGCCACCUCGGCCACUGGCAUGAUUAUUUCCAUGUGCGAAGAGGUCCAGCGUCCUUCUAUCCAGGUGCCCCGUGCCAUGGUCGCCACCCUGUUCAUGAAUACGGCCUGCGGUCUUCUCUUCCUCAUCCCCAUUGUUUUUGUCAUGCCCGACAUCGUCGAGCUCAUCAGCCUCGCCCAGCCCGUGCCCUACAUCUUCAAGGUGGCUACUGGCUCCAGCGGCGGUGCCAUCGGUCUUCUGACUCCUCUUAUCGUCCUUGCCGUCCUUUGCGGUGUCGCCUGUACAACCGCCGCCUCCCGCUGCACCUGGGCUUUUGCCCGUGACGGUGCCAUUCCCGGCGCCAAGUGGUGGAUGGUGGUCAACGACAAGCUCGACGUGCCCCUGAACGCUAUGAUGCUCAGCAUGGUCGUCCAGCUUCUCCUCGGCCUCAUCUACUUCGGCUCCACUGCCGCCUUCAACGCCUUCUCUGGUGUUGGUGUCAUGUGCUUGACUGCCUCAUAUGCCGCCCCCAUUGCCAUCAGUCUCGCCACUGGCCGCAAGCAGAUCCGCGAGGGCCAGUUCUACCUCGGCCCCGUCGGUCUCGUUUGCAACGUUGUCGCUCUUGCCUGGUCUUGCCUGGCCCUGCCGCUCUUCUGUAUGCCUACCGUGGUGCCCGCGACUGUUGAGACCGUGAACUAUGCCUCUGUCGUGUUCGUGGCUGCGAUGCUCAUCUCCGGUGGUUGGUACUGGAUGUGGGGAUACCGCAACUAUGCCGGUCCCCCAACCCACGAGGAUUAG